CGCCCCGCGCGCUCGCGCGCAGUGAUUGAAUCUGUGUCAAGAUGGCGGAAUUCGACCUAACUUCGAAAAUCGGACAAUAUUUGGAUAGACAUCUUGUUUUUCCAUUGUUAGAGUUUUUGUCAGUACAAGAAAUUUACGAUGAGAAGGACAUGCUGCAGGGCAAGCUGGAUCUCCUCAGCAACACAAACAUGGUUGAUUUUGCCAUGGACGUGUACAAGACACUCAAUGAAGACCAAGAGGUGCCACAAACCCUGAAGGAUAAGCGUGCCGAUGUGGUGAAUCAGUUGAAGCGUCUUCAGCAGGACACAGAGCCGAUCAUCAAGAUCUUUGAGAAUGCUGAAGUACUAGAACAUAUCCAAUCAACCAGGGAUAGCAAACAGCUCUUUGAUUACCUCGUCAAAAACCACGGGUUUCGAGAAGAGUCACUGAGUCUUUUGUAUGAGUAUGCCAAGUUCCAGUAUGACUGUGGUAACUACUCCGGAGCAUCAGAGUACCUCUACUUCCAUAGAACACUGGUCCCACCGUCUGAUCCCAAGUCUACCAGCUCACUAUGGGGUAAGCUGGCCUCUGAGAUUCUUAUGCAGAACUGGGAGGGAGCUCUGGAAGAUCUCAACAAGCUCCAAGAGGUCAUUGACCCUCAAGAUAAAAUGGACUCUCAUUUCAUCACUCCACUGCAGUCAUUACAGCAGAGGACUUGGCUGAUUCAUUGGAGUCUCUUUGUAUAUUUCAACCAUCCCGACGGCAGGGAUCUCAUCAUCGAUAAGUUCCUUUACCAACCAGCAUACCUGAAUGCCAUCCAGACAAUGUGUCCUCACAUCCUGCGUUACCUGACUACAGCUGUCAUCACCAACAAGGGUAGGAGAAGACAGGUUCUCAAAGAUCUAGUCAAAGCUAUCCAACAGGAGUCGUACACUUAUAGAGAUCCCAUCACAGAGUUUGUGGAAUGCCUCUAUGUCAACUUUGAUUUUGAUGGAGCUCAACAGAAGCUUAGAGAAUGUGAAAAGGUGCUUGUCAAUGACUUCUUUCUGGUAGCCUGCCUUCAAGACUUUAUCGAGAAUGCAAGGCUCUUCAUCUUUGAGACGUUCUGUCGUAUCCACAAUUGCAUCAGCAUCAACAUGUUAGCAGAGAAGUUGAACAUGAAUCCUGAUGAGGCUGAGAGGUGGAUAGUCAAUCUAAUCAGGAAUGCCAGACUAGAUGCUAAACUUGACUCAAAACUGGGUCAUGUUGUCAUGGGAACGCAGAACGUAUCGCCAUACCAACAGGUGAUAGAGAAGACGAAGAACCUGAUCCAUAGAAACCAGCUCAUCAUAGUCAAUCUAGAGAAGAAAGAAAACCAGCUUAAACAGCUUUCUAAUGCACAACAGCAACCGGUGCCCCAACCCUGGGCUCCUGAAAACUACUGAGGGCGCCAUCACCCACCAGCCAUCUAGAGCACGGAUCGCGUAAUUUAUUUAUCCCUUUCUCUACUUAUUCUAAUUGUAUGUGAAGUUACGUUAUGGAUAGUCGAAUGUCCUCAAACUUUGACUACAUCUUUCCAAUGUUAGGUUAUAUCUUCCAUGUUUUCUUCAUUCAAUGUGUGUGGGGGAGAUCUGGUGGAGUAAAGCUGAUUUUUUUUCUCAAUUCAUAUGGAACAUUACUCAUAGGCCUUUAUUCUUGAAAGAGGUUGUAAUUGAACCAUGGUACAUAACAAUGAUAAUAAUAAUAUUAAUAAUAACCUUGGAAUAUGUAUAUUUUUAUACAUAGUUACACUUAUUUCAUCACUUCACUAUGAAAAAUGCAAUUAAAUGCAUGCUUUUUGCAAAGGACGCUAAAAGGGAAGAAAUAGGCAUAAACCAUGUUACAUUCGAAACCUCUUUCAAGAAUAUGGGCCGUUCAGGACAAUUGUUCAUAUGAAACGCUAUUCAGAACAUCUUACUACGUAAAUAGCUGGAAUAACAAGCAAUCGUGAAAAUUACCUUGCUGUUGAUAAUGACUUCUAUUUGUGAUGUGUGACUGGAUUAGCAACAGAGCCUUGUAUUUAAGCAGGUUUUAGUCAGAAAUGCAAAUAACAUGGAUGGUGCCAUGGCUUCAUUCUACAGAAAUAAGUUGUAUUUGUGAAUGGAGGAUGUAGGACACAUUAGUUGUCUGUCUGUUGCAUGUCUUAUGGAUUGUAUAUUUCUUCCUCCACCAAACGGAUAUGGUAUACAAAAUAAACCAGGCUUUGAGUAUAGCGGAAAUAUUCAUCCGAGGUUGGACUGGUAUUAUUAAUCUUUCCCAAGGGGCAUAACCCUGAGGGAAAAAUAGUAAUUUUGCCAGUACUAAGGAAAUAAAUGCCUGGUAUAUCUUUUUUAUAUCCUACAGGAAGAAGUCAGAGCAGUGGAUCUUGACAAUAUAAUUCUUGUACUCGUAGUUCAUCUUUUUAAAAUUUGAA